GAUACUAUCAGACCCGAGGCAUUAUUGUGAAAACAAAAAAACAAUAAAACAUCUCAACCUAACCACUCAAGUGAUGCAAUGUUUUCAUUGGCUGCAAAACAACAAAAGGAAAACCAAUCGGUGACUCUCAGUGUUUUUAUAAAACGAAGGAAAAAACGAUGGUAACUAUUAACGGUUAUGCAUAUAGGUUGUAUAGAACAGGAUAUUAAAUUGUGCAGACCGAGAGCGAUUGUAAAGAAAGCAACUCAUUAGUCAAGACCGAAACUUUCAUUUACAAGUAGCUUAUUUAAUGAAAGGAAAUGUCACUUCCAGGUGGAAUCAGUUCAUGGAGCCUGCUCAGUGUUUGCCUUCUGUUCGAUGGGGUUGUCCUUCACAUUGUAGGCUUGGCGACCCCAGAAUGGUCAACGUCUAAUGUUGUAGGUAUAUCAUACAGCGCCGGCUUAUGGAAGGGAUGUGCAGAUGGUUAUUGUGUGGAGUACCCUCAGACAACUGCCGCCCUUGAAGCUUGCGAAGCCAUGGCCAUCAUUGGCAUGUUUUUUAGCCUUUUUGCUAUAACAGCUGUGGGGAUUUUAUUAGUUUGCAAAAUCACAGGAAUACUUGCGGUAUCAAGUGCUCAUCACAUAGCAGCAGCACUGUCGAUCAUUUCAUUUGUGUUUAUCUUGAUUGGCAUCAUAGUAUGGGGAGCUGAAGUGCACGCUUCAAAUUCUAAUUUUAAGAUUGGCUAUUCCUUUAUCCUGAGUAUCGUAGGCGGCGUUCUCAUAGCCAUCGGAGGGAUCAUGUACAGCUGUUCUAUGACUAAUGUGGGUUAAAGGCAACAGGCUUCAUUCAAUUGAUACGUAUUCU